GCUAGAAGAGGUGCCAAGCGCAAGAGGAAAAUUUUUCAAAAUGGCCAACUUUUGCGGAGCCGUGGUCGAAACGCGAGUGCUUGUCGCGGGUAUUGUUGCGUAAAAAAAUCAUUAUUCUCACCCGGAAAACGGCUCCGGACCGGGCAGAAAGUGUCGCCAAUCGAAUCGGCCACCGGAUGGACGAAUACGAGUGCGUGCGUGCGAGAAAAAUUAACCGGAAAUGUAGAGAAAAUCAACGUUUUCCUGUCCCCCGCCGUGCAGUGUGUGUAUAGCAAAAAAAAGUGAGACCAGUCGAGAGAUCAAAGGAAGCGAAAAAAAGAAGUGAGAAAGCAUAAUGUUGUCACUUGUGUGAGAAAUUAUCGUGUAUUUUACGGAUUAUUUCGUGUUUUGGAGGUAGCAGUCCAAGGUUUACGGAAUCUGCUACAGCGGCUCGUUGUUCCGCCGGACUGCCGUCCGAUUUCCGACGCGAAGCGAAGUCAUUAAAGGAUUGCAUAUCAGAAAGUGAGUCAAUCAGCGAUGUGAUGGAGUUCAGGAAAAAAAGAAAAAUAUAACCUAACAAUGUUGAACCGAUGAAACCCAGUGAAUCCAAGCUGUGUACAUUUAUUGGCGGCGGCGGUGCAGUUCAAAACUCGACGUAAAGCUAAAGCAAAGCUCUUCUCUGUCGGUGGAAACAAAAAAAAACUCGAAGAAUUUGUAGCACAACAAAAAGAAGCAACGACGAGAAGUAAUCGUGAGGCAAAACCUUGGUGAAAAAUUGCUGUUUUUACCGCUGUAUGUCGAAACCUCUGUUCGUGUGUGUCGCAGCAACAGCAGCAGCUGCUGUCUUCGUGUUUCUGUCCAGUUCAGUACGGCUCGUCUUGGUCAGUGAGGAGACAAAACAGUAAUUAGUGAAAACGAGACAUUCAUUGCUCCACAGGGUUUAAACGAAGAAGAAUACUAUUGAAUGAAGUUAUUGAAAGCAGCUUGAAUAAGCAAAAAAAGAAAUAAUAAUAAUUGCAACUCGCAACUAAUAGUGUAAAAGUUCGAUUGUGUUCGUGUUAGUGAAAGUGUUAGUACCGUUUUGAACGUCACUGCUGUUGUGGAUGUCAAAGUGUAUGAGUGUCGGUUAGUGGGAAGAGAAAAACCAUCUGAAAGAAGAAAGAAAAAAAGUAGAAACCAGAUAAUAAAGAUUGCUCUCGGGUGAGCAAGCAACGGAACAAGAAGAAAAUAAAAUUGGAAAGGUAGGAGGAAAACUCCCUCACUCCGUGUCGCCUCCGUCAAUCAUCAAUCAAUUUGUAAUUUGCCUACCGACAACGCGCUGCGAAGCGGGCCCAGGCGGGCGUACGGUGCGCGGGUAGAGCGUUUCCGCAUGCGGUGCCUCUGCUAGUGAGCAGUUAGUCUGCUACUAAGGCCACCAGCCAAUCUCUUGGACACGGACGAACGAUCGGUCCGAAUAAGCUCACCUUCUGUGCGACGGUCAAGCAACUUCAACACGAAAGGAAUACCCAAUAAUCAAGACGUCAUCACCGUCAUCGCGCUAUCACCAACAACGUUGCGUAAAUGAAGCCCAUCAGUCCAGGGCUAGACUUUUCCGUCUAGUUAGUGUGUUGCACGUAACGGUCAGCUUCCAGCGAACUGGCGCUUCCGGCAGCGAACAUCACCACCCCGGUUGUUGACCUUGCGCGGCGAAACGGCCACCAACAACGGCCAACGGUUAGGGGUCUCACCUGGGGUGCUAGGUUCGAUCUUGAGGGGCUAAUAUGGCCACACCGCCAACCGAGGGAGAAAUCAGAGUGGGUCCCGGCCAUCAGGUAAACGAUAUCUAUGCAACGUUACCAGAUUAUCAACCAAUCGAAAACUACCGCUCCGAGGACGAUGAAGAUCGCGACUUAGAGGAACCUAGAUGGACCCCCGGUAUCUACAUUGACAAUGAUCUGUUGAUGUACCUGACCGCUGCCCGUUCAAUUUCCGCAUUUCAGGGUAUGUGCGAGGAGGAUGGUUGUAUGGCAGCUAGUCGCGACGAUACUACGAUUAAUGCAUUUGAUGUUUUACACGAUUCUGGUUAUGACGCCGGAAAGGCGCUAGAGGCCCUACUGAAGUGUCCGGUAACGAAGGGAAUCGACAAGAAGUGGACUGAAGAGGAAACCAAACGUUUUAUUAAAGGUUUGCGCCAGUUUGGGAAGAACUUUUUUCGCAUUCACAAGGAUUUACUGCCACACAGAACAACGCCCGAACUAGUGGAAUUCUACUACCUUUGGAAGAAAACACCGGGCGCAAACAACAAUCGGCCGCAUCGCCGUCGAAGGGCAGGCUCGCUGCGAAGACGCAACACGCGUACCAACAGUAAUGCUAGCAGUAACAAUACCCCGCCGAAUAGUAACAGAAAAGAAGCAACUCCGGAACCGGCCGUGACCGAAUCAUCGCGGCCAUCACCUGUGUCCAAGGAGGAGAAUAGCUCCGUCACCGAGGACGAUAUAAGCGAGUGCGACAGUGAUUCAAGUGCCACCAAGGCAAUUAAGGAAAGCGCAGCGGCUGCCGUAGCAAUAGCAGCAGCAGCAGCAGCGGCGGCGGCAGCAGCAGCCGCUGGAGUAACCACGGCUUCGGCAGCAGCAGCAGUGGGAGGAGGGGGUGAAACGGGUGAGGAUUCACCGUCGAGGAUGAGAACUCGCCAGAAACCGACUGCGAAGGAGCAGCAACAACAGCAACAAGUGAACGCCAACAAUAACGCUUCCACCGGGGGAAAACGCCCCAAGCGCGGUGGAACGGAAACACCUGAAACAACGCCAGUCGAUAGUCCUAAAACACCGAGCAAAAAAGAGGAAUCCUCAGGAAAGGGUCAGAAAGGAAAAAGCAGAACGGAGACCCCGAGCAAGGGCAAGAAACGAGCCAAUGAGUUGGAUCCGGACGGAAGCGAUGAUAAAGACAGUCAAAAGCGGAAGCGAUCGGAUAGCCCAACCGAAAGCUUCACUACCGACAGUCGGCCUGGGUCAGUGUUGGAUGAAGCAGAAUCCAACAGCGAAGCUGCCACGGAAGUUAGCAUCAAUGUUAGCGCAGCUGCGGCAACGCCAACUGCACCUUCCUCUAAGGAGGAGGAAAAGGAUCCCCUUUCGCUGGGUCCGACUGCCGAACCGAUGGCAACUGAAUCUCCCGAAAGUAGUAAUCCUGCGUCAUCAAUUACCAAGACUGGGGAAGACAAGGAUGAAGAUGGUACAGUCACAGCAGUUGCAGCGGCAGUCACAGCUGCCUUACCGACUGCAGCUGAUGCGGCCAAGCUACCUGAAACAGAGGACAUCACUCCACCUUCCACAGCAACAACAACGCCGGUAGCAACGCCUGCUCCGGCAACGGUACCCACACCGGAAGAUGCAAUGGCUGCUAUUCCAAAUACUGGCAUUGAGGAACCACCAGAAAAAGCAUCCGAUUCAUCUCCUCCAGCCCAAAAUAGUUCACCUGCUGAACCAUGCCAGUUGGCUGUCGCCACUGGACUAAUUCCUACCGUGCCUGGACAAGCUCCCAAUGAACAGGAGAUGCUCUCUAAGCUUGCAAACAUGAAGCAAGAAAUAAAUGCACAAAGUGGAACUGCUUUGCCUACCGAAUUUAACACGAAAGACGUGUUUAUAAAAAAGGAACCAGGCGAAGAGCUACCGGAAACACAACAGCCAAUCAUCGAACAGCCGCAGGAUCUAAAGCUAAAGAUCGAAGUCAAAUCGGAAGCAAAACUAAUGAGGGAUCCAGAACCUACUCAUGGAGAUGCUCCCUCAGAUGGGAAAUACGAUCCGGAGAAUCUGGCGUUGAAACCAGCAUAUGAGAGUCAUAUCAAGUAUGGACCAACCGAUGAUGGGAUGAAGUAUGGAGAAUUAAAGUACAGUCAAAAUCAAUCAGCGGAAAAUGUGAUGAAGUAUGGACAAGAAGAACCAUUAGAGUACGAUAUGAAACGAUUCAUGGAACCAGGAAAGUAUCCCCCACAGGAUAGCGCAUUAUCGAUGAAGAUAGCACCACAACCGGGACAUCCGAACUCCAGUCAAGGAGGACCUCAAGAUGGUCAGUUAUCCAAAAGCUAUUCACAAGAUUUAAUGGGCUUAAACAUGAAAUAUCCCCCAGUGGAUGAACGAAAUAAGUAUGCUCAGUCUCCGGCAUCUGACAAUGGGGCACCGCAAGGUUUGCCACUGAUGCCAAAGAGUCACUAUCCGGAUCAGUUAGGCAUGUUGCGACAACAGUAUGACCCUAGCGGAAUGAUGAAAUUUGAUCAGAUGGGAAAGUACCAGGGGCCACCACCACCAUUUGGUAUGCAUGGAAAUCAACCACAUUCCCACCAAGGUUCAUCUUCGCAUGGCCAACCUUCGAGCUCUCAGCAACAGCAACCCCAGGACCUUAAGUAUCUACCACCGGAAUCGAUGUCAGGUAUGAAGAGUAGUUUUUCGGCCGACAAUCUCAUGAAGAGUUCUACAUAUUCGCCUCUUGCUGAUCAAAAUCCAUUGGACGUUUCAGCGACCUCUCGGAUGGCAGUUACACCGAAUCAAGAUAGCCAGGGAAGCAACAGUAAUAAUAGCAGCUCUCAACCGCCACUACAUGCUAGUAUAGCGUCACCACAAUCGGGACCACCACUAAGCAUGCCUCCUAGUGGCUACUCCGGUCAUCCAGGUAUUGUAAAUCCUGGUCUAAUGUCCGGCAGCCAUCCGGGACUACUGGGGUCGUCAAAUUCUCCGGUGCCGACGUCUCAACCAAACCAUCUAUCGCAAAAUUCGCAACCAGGUGGACCUCUUGGAUCACAACAGCAACCUGGAGGACCUCCACCGUCACACUCAUCCCACCCGUCAUUACAACCAGGACCGCUGCCUUCCUCAACAAUGCAGUCCCAACAGCAGCAACCACCUCACAUGUUACCAAAUAGCAGUUUACCAUCGCACGUACCGAGCAGUCCAUAUCUGUCCUCCUCUCAUCGUCAACCUCAACCUCCAUCGGAAAAUUCACGUCUUCAACCAAGCACACCUACAUCGAGUGCAGCUUCAACGCCAACUUCGUCGGCCCAAUCACAGUCUCCUGCACCGAUGCGUUCAGCAGAUCAACCACAUCCGCGAGAUAUGCCUCCGACGCGAGCAUCUCCCAUAAAUUCCUUACUACAGGGUGUCCACCCUUCACAUGGAAUGUUAUCUCAUCCUCUUCCACUUCAUCUUGGACACCCAGGAAUGCAACUGCCGCCCCAUCAUCCAGCACAUUUAACUGGACCUCUGGGUCAUGCGGGUUUGCUUCCACCGAGUUUGGGUGGUCCAACUGGUGCGCUUCCCCUUCUCGGAGGUCCAACACCGUCUGCCUUGGGUAGCCUGAUGGAAGUAGCAGGUGCCGGAAGAAGAUCACCUUCAGUAUCAUCUAACAAUCCGCCCGGUCACCAUCCGCCAACAUCGCUUCACCAGCCUAGUCCAUUGGCUCAAUCGCCCUCCACACCAACAGCCCCUUCCAGCCUCAGCCGUUCCAGUCCAAGUGUACAACAACCUGGUGGUCCUGGUUUUCCGUCCUCCCUUCAUCACCGAUCCAGUUCACCGGCAAACUCUGCAAAUUCCAGCCUUAGCCGGGCUAGUCCGAUGCAUCUAAGUCACCACCAACCCGGAUCUUCUGCGGCAGCAGCAGCCGCAGCUGCAUCAGCGGAACGUGAUCGUCAAAUUAUGCGUCAACAAUCACCGCACAUGACUCCUCCACCAUCAUCGUCGGCAUCGACAUCCUCGUUUAACUCUAGCCCAUUGAGCAAAAUGUAUAGUCAAUCCGGGCAACGAUCACCUCCUCCGAAUCAUCCCUUCCGACCGGGGGCUUCACCACCGGUUAUGCGACAUCCUCAGAUGCCACUGCCACUGCAAAUGACUGGUCCUAUUCCUGGAAUGCCUGGCUCAGUUAUGCAUCCCUCACAAGCAUAUCCUCUCGUUCAUCCUUCAUUGUAUAAUCCUCAUCACCACAAUCCAUUCUUUGCCCCGUAUCCAUACGGACCAGCGUACGGUCCUGGAUUUUCGUACAUGAAACCAGCGGGAUCUCCCUUAGACAAUCCGAUGUUGCAUGGUCACCCGACAAGCAUUCCGCCCCCACGACCGGAGGACGCUCAAAUUCAUGGCAACGCGCAUGAUAAAAACAAGGGCAAUUCAUCCAAGCCACCACAGAAUUCGUCUUCGUCGUCUUCGAUCUCCGGUUCGGGUGCGAAAACACCUGGUUCAGUCGGAGGACCGAACAAUAAUAACAGUAGCAAUAGCCAAAGUAGCAGUGGUUCCGCUGGUGGACCAUCACCUAGCAAUUCGUGUCCACCUGGUGGACCGCUUAGUGGGAGUCCAUUCCAGAAUGCUCCCCAUCAUCCAUCACCAUACCCACCAGGUCCUCACAAUCCAUUCAUUGAAAACCAACUGCAAGUCAGCGGGAAGACCAGUCACAUGGACGCACUACGAGCGCAUGCUCACGCGGCGGCUGGUGGCGUAGGUCUGGGACCACCUCCAGGACACCCAGGGCAUCAUCCAGGUCACGGACCGCCAGGGUCCGGACACCAUGGUCCUCCACAUCAUUCGCAUCCAAACGAACCGGUGCAUAUCGAGACGCUAGACAUUGACCCGGAUCCGGAACCGCCUUCCCCAGUGCACGACGUAAAUCGAGGGCCUAGCCCUGAAGCGAAACCGGACGAUACCGAGUGCCACCGUUCACAAUCUGCUAUUUUUGUUCGCCGAUGCGAUCGUGGAGAUUACAACUCAUGCUGUCGUACGGACUUGGAGUUCAAACCUACACCUGACUCGAAACUAGCUCGCAAACGGGAGGAUCGUGAUCGCAAGCUAGCUGAAAAGGAACGGGAGCGGAAGGCUCAGCAAGCUCAGCAACAGCAGCAACAAGCAGCCCAAGCUCAGCAACAGCAACACCAACAGCAGCAUCAACAACAACAAGCAGCAGUUGCUGCAGCGCAGGCAGCCCAACAGCAACAACACGGGAAACCGCCCGGUGGACCUGGUGGCAUGGGUGUUCCCCUUGGCCAUCCGUCGCAUCCCUCAUCGCAGCAACCGCAGAUGAAACCAGAUAUUAAACCAUACCCAGAUACGCCCGCUUUGCGCCAGCUAUCGGAAUAUGCCAGGCCACACGUCGGUUUCAGUCCGGUGGAAACGAUGGUACCAUCACCAUAUCAUCCACUUUACAAUAGAGAAAGGGACAUCUUUUUUAGGGAGUUUGACGAUCUCAAGAAUCAGCAAGGCAUGGGUCCAUCUCGAUUGGAACCUCACUGGAUGGAGUACUAUAGGAUGAGGGGCAUGCACCCGUCACAGUUUCCAGCAUUGUACGGAAAUCCAGCCGCCCUGGCACAGCUGGAGCGCGAACGAAUAGGCUUGCCGCCAAUUCCUAUUGGGCUAGAUCCGGCCGAUCCAAUGUUGCGAUUGGCUGGUGAAUACCACGCUCACUCCCAUACGCAUUUGCAUUUGCACUCGCAACAGCAGCAAGACACGGCGGCGGCAGCGGCAGCGGCCGGUUUCCAACUACCACCAAACGUACCUCCGUAUCCGCGGCCGAAUAUCCUGAUGCCGAGAGAUCCCCACUCGGAAGUCCUUUUGCGCAUGUCCUAUGAUCCGCUACAGGCCGCUGAGUUCCAGCGUCAAAGUGCAUUAGACCGUGCCCACUCGCUGCAUGAGCAGUACCUUAGACAACACGAGAGAGAAAUGAAAGUAAGAGCCCUGGAAGAAGCGGCACGUGGCGGUAAACAUUGAGAAUCCCGUUUGUGUGAAACACAGUAGCAAGUGAACAUAGUGAGAAAAAGUGAGAGAGAGAGAGAGACAGGUAGAGCUAGUAAGAAAUUGGAUAUUAUUGUUGUAUAUGUGUGUGCGUUUGUCAGAUAGAACAAUAUGCGUGCGUGUUCUUGUAAAUAUUUUGAACAAAUACCAGUUAGGGGUUGGAAGCUUAGUGCGUGACGAUAAACGCAAAUCAGCAGCAGGGAAUUAUGACCGUGUGCGACGACAGCUGUUAUCUUAUGUUUGGUUUUAUUUAUUUCGUAAUGUUUGAAAAGUUACUAAUGAGCAUAUAUUGUCUCCAAAUAUUUGCUUGGAAGACCUGAUUAAAUUUUUUUAAUUUAUUUUUUUUUCCAAUAAUACAAAGUUAAUUUAUGAAAUCUUUUUUGGGCAUUCGUUCUGGUUUACUCUAUUGAGAGGAUACUCCGGUAUUAUGUUCAAUCAAUGGAGGAACCUAUGUUAGGCAUGUUGUGCACGUUGAGUAACAUUGUCCUCCAGGUCCAAUGUAAUCCGGCUGUAAUGUUUCAGUAUGACAGUACAACUAAUCAUAUUUCGAUUUGAUACAUAAGUGCAAAAAAAAAAUCGUUUGAACUGGGUCUACCGCACACAAAAAGAACGGUGAAUCUAAAUCAAAGAAUAAUUAUGACAACUUUACUGUAGAAAAUUACCAUUGAAUAAUACAAACUAAACAAAAACACAUGUUUAAAACCAUUUACGUGAGAAGCUAAAUAGUAAGCAAACAAAAAAUCAUUUAUAUAAUUGUAUAAAAAGUGGUAGCUAGUAAGUAGAUUCGUAUAUAUAUAUAUUUUAUAUUUAUAAAGCCGACUUUAACAAACAAGUCUUUCUCCACGAGACCGGCUGCCAGGGUCGGGAUUGAUUCGCUCUCGGCUUUCGGUGUAGUAUGGUUUUGACCGUCGUUUCGUGUACUGCCAUUUUCGCGCAGCUUUCGCGGAAACCACCCUAACUGGCGGCUGCACAUACUAUUAAAGGGAAAAAAGUAUAAUCUAGAGUUUUGCUUCUAAAUUUAAGAGACAAAUUUCGAAACUUCUGAAUGUCUAUAUUCGUACGUCGAAGCCACUAAAUAAGCGAUUGUGUACAGUAGGAUGAAUUUUAGUUUAUUUCAGUUGUUUAGUUUUUGGAUCUGUGAGCAGGACAGGAUAAAUCAAAUGAGAUUUGUGAGUAAGCUUUCUGGUCACCUUCCGGAGCUUUCUAGUGAAUUCCGAGUAUUUCAAACAUUAUGAAAGGUGCAGAAUGGGCGGAACCAGAACUACCACGGUACUUAUUAAAUCUUCUUCACCACUUUUAAAUAUAAUCGGAUGCAUUUUUUAUAAGUCACGCGGAACUGACGUAUUUCGAGAGUACCUCUUAGUCCUUUUUUUUCGUUUUCCUGCUAUAUUAGAUUGUUUCUAGCCAGCUUAGUAGAAUUCCACAGUUUCAUUUUUUUAAUAAUUAGUGCUAUUUAGAAAUCAACUAGUAACGCAACGUUGCCUGAACUCUGUUUGUUUGAGUUCAAAUUAUGAAUUUUCCAUCUAAUCGGAUGAAAUCUAAUUAAAGUGAAGCGCAACUGUAAAACAUUAAAAUAGAGCAAGGGUAAAAGCUUUCGACGACAAGGCCAAUCCCAUUCGACAGAGUCAGAUUAUAAGGGUACAUUUUUGAAUGACAAAUGUGCGUUUAUUGAACAUAAUGAUGUUCCGACAAAUUCUUUUGUGUACAAGAGAAAGAUUGCGAGAAAGAAAAAAGCAAAAAGAAUAACAAUAUAAAUAACGGUGGUAUAUUAUUGAUGACUAAGUAACGGAUAAAACAAUUAUAUAGUGAAUAGAGAAGGGCAAACAGAAUAAUUGAUCUUAUAUUAAAGCAAACAUAUUUAAUUAUUGAAUAGUAAUUAUAUUGAUAAAACUAUAUUACUGGAAAACACAAUUCAAGUGGAAAUAUAAAAAUAGUGAUGAUAAAAAUAUACGAGUAAACGAAAUAAUAAA